CACAACAUGUUCCAGCAACAACUAUUAACGUUUUGAAGGAGAUGAGGUGAGUGUUGACCGUGCAGUUAAAACAAAUGAGUGCAUUAUAUGAAUCUCAAUUUAACCCGAUGAGAUAACGUUGUUUUGUUUAUCUGAACCAUUUCAGAUAUACCUUUUCAUUUGUCCAGUUGAUACCGAUCUAUUCGGUUAUCGUAUUGAUUUCAACAUUUUUCGACUGCUAUAACAUUUGUGAAGACUCUAGACCAAAUUCGUAUAAUGAAACAGUUUCUGAGGAUGAUGCACAUAAAUAUACUAAAUUUUCCACCUAUAUGCAGAAAAUCCGCGUCGAUCAGCCUCCUCCAUAUCUUCCAGAGAGGUUUAAGCAUUUAGACACUGAUCAAGAAAUCGAUCCAAGAUUCCGGUUUAAAUUUAACAAUAAUAACGUCAAGAAAUUCCGUGUAAAAUUUACAGGUGCAAUAGACUUGUUGGGACCACAUUACUUAGGAACAAUUGGAACAUUUCUAAAUGGCUGGCGUUGGUCUGAAUCUGAGAUUUUGAAUGAGGAGGAAUUGUUAGCCGUCAGAACGUCUUAUUAUCGACUAGAUCAUGACGAAAAUCAGCCAUUCAAAGUAAUCACUGUGAUACAUUCGAAUGGGAAGAUAUCUAUCUUUUUUGAUGAAAUUCCUCAGGAUUUGGGGAAAUAUAAAAUUGAAUCGAUCAUUGAAGGUGCAACUGUUUGCAGAAGAGGUGGUAAAAAAUAUAAGAAAACUUUCAAAAUAAAUGUUCCUGAAAAAUGGAUCAAACCUGGCACGUUGGUAGAGUAUGAAUAGCCUCUAGAAAAAAGAAAAUUAGUGUAUGAUACUGUGAGACGUCAUACCACUUGUUUUCAUCAUACUGAAUUCGUUAUUUUUAUUUUACUUAAAACACUUUCUGUUUUGUUAAUAAUUUCAAUAAAUUGCGAAGUUCUGCAUGGAAGUACACACCAUUUUCAUGUUUUUGUCGAUAAAAUAUAAAAUAUAGUUUUUAAAAUGUA